AUGGACUGGGUGUGGUUCAAUUUUCUCGGCUACUUGUGCUACUCCGUGUACUACGUCACGUUCCGCUUCAACCCGGUGAUCCACGACGAGUACAGGCAGUUGUACAACAAAUACCCUACAAUCCAUACAACAGACGUGCUGUUUGCGCUCCACGGGGCCACAAUGAGCUUUCUGGUGCUCACUCAGGCCUACUGCUGGAAUUUGCACAAAAACGCCAGCCAGUACCUUUCCGACCUGGGGAAACUGGUUAUCUGGCUCAACGGUGCAGGUAUUGCAGUGUUUGCGCUGGUAACCAAGUUUUACGGGCUCCAUUGGCUCUAUUUCCUCGAAUACCUGGGGCUUUUGAAAGUCGCCGCAUCCGUGUGCAAAAACGUGCCGCAAAUCUUCCACAUCCACCAACGCCAAUCGACCGCGGGCUGGCCCGUGCUGGCAGUUCUCACAACCAGCCAUUUGGGGGCCGAGAAAACUCCAAAGAACGUGACUGCCUGGCCGGCUCCGUGGUCAGGUCCAAGAGAAACUCCCCGGCUGAUCCGGUCUGUUUCUUUCCGGUACAUGUUGACCUUGACGGUGAGCGGCUUGCCGUUCAAAUACGAGUCCACGUUCGCGAGCAGCGCUUUAGUGCGUUCCUUCAACGGAAGAAGCGAUUUGUGGAAAGUGUCGCAACAGUCGCCCGUUGCAAAUAUCUGCGGAACAGCCACCGAUUGCAAAGUAUCGUGCACUUUCACCUCGUUCUUCUCGUUCUGCAGACCCUCUAUCGAGUUCUUUGGCACGUUUGGCUUGCCUCCAGUACACCAUAUCAGGUGGUCUGUAGGCACUUCUUUCUCGCCGAACAUCACUGCGUCGCCGUUGACGGUUGCCGGUCGGCCCAAGUACAGGUUCACGUUGAGCUCCUCGAGCUGGGCCUUGGUGGAGUUCCGCACGGCUGUCAACUCGCUGUCGGUCAAUGGCAGCUUCUGGGAAUGGAUCAGGUUGAGCGUUUUCUCGCCGGACUUGAUCUCCGACUUGAACUUUGCAGCGAUCUCGCCAACAAGCUCGACUCCAGACAACCCGCCACCCACAACGGUGAUAUUUUUGGCCUUGGCGAUUUUCUCGUACCCAACCUUAAAAUGUUCAACGGCCAAUUUCGUUGAUGCAGGCAGAUCCCAAAUUUCCUCCAGCUUGGACCCUGACGCAAGAACCAAGGCGUCGUACUUGAACUCACCCGAAGAAGCGGUAAUCACGCGGUUCUCGUCGAACCCGAUGACCUCGUCCUGGACAAACACAGACGGAUCUUUCAAUAACUUGGUUAUCUGGGCCGACCAUCCCUUCGUCGCUUUCUCGAUGAACAUUCUUGGCAAAGAUGGAACAAAAUAG